CCUCUCGGGGAAGGGGAGGUGGCUGCUUGGCUUUAAGGAUUGUUGCGGAGUCGACGAUCGACACAGAAGCUGGUCUAUUGCUCUGUCUACGGCGCGCACACACACACACACACACACACACACACACAGAGCGGAUCCGAGCAGUCAGUAAUCGCCAUCUCCUCGCAUUGUACCGCUUGUGAGCUAAACAGCAGCAGAUGCUGCCUGACCCCCUGAGUUCCUCCAGCGCUCUGUGUGUUGCUCCAGGUUCCAGCAUCUCCAGUCUCUUGUGCCUCCCUUACGGUCCCCUUACUUUUGUCUGCAACCCUUUGGCAUGGAGGACGACUUGUCUUCAUUUUGACACUGUGGGAUCUGAGCAUGUUUUACAGUAUCCUUGUCUUAUUUAUCAUAUCUGGACUCUUGUGCGGCGAAGAGACAACUGGUCGUGGAGGAACUCGCGGGGCUUUUCCCUCCCCCGGGAAGGGAUGGUCCGGGAGGAAGAAGGACAAAGAGGACGUUUUGGACUCCAACCAAGCGGCUCUAAUUGUAAUGGAUCGGCAUUACGUCCGCAGGGACUGGUGCAAGUCCCACCCUCUCAUCCAGACCCUGAAGGAGGAUGGUUGCAUUAGCCGCACUGUAAUCAACCGCUUCUGUUACGGGCAGUGCAACUCGUUCUACAUCCCCAGCCACGAGUACGGCGGGGAACCUUUUCGCUCCUGCUCUUUCUGCAAGCCCAAGAAGUUCAAUACCGUCACGGUCACUUUCAACUGCCCUAGCCUCCAUCCUCCAUCCAAGCGAAGGCGGAUCCAGUUGGUGAAGGAAUGUCGGUGCAUCUCCAUAGACCUGGAGUAAGGGCGAGCGGGAGUUGUAGAGAAGCUGCUGUCUGUUUACAGAAUGGCACUUUAUAAACCCGGGAAAGUGGCCCCAUGGGCAAGAAACUCCAAGAUGGGUAUAAAUGAAACCUGUCAGGGUGAAACCAAACAUAUCCAUGCAGUUGGCAACUGUUUAAAUAAGUCAUUAAAUUAUGUAAAUGUUAAAUCAGUCACAGAGUCUAAAAUAUAAAGUUUUUUUUACAAAGAAACAUGUGGUAAUCUACCGUGAAGAAAGCAUUAUCUGUUGGCCAAAAGGGAGUCAUCCAGAUGAAUAUUUAUGAUGGCAAAAACAAAAUCUGCCUUAAUAAGCAAGCUGCCUUGGCAAGGCUGUUUCUGAGCACACACUUAGUCUGCCUGUGAAGGACUCCAGACCAGACCCAAUGUGGGUUCAAGCUCUAUUGAAUGACGAUUUUCUUUCAUUUUAGGCAAUGCUUUUUACUUUUGCAAAUGUGCCAUUGUGUAUUGUUGAGGGGAGGGACAGUUGUGCUAUCAUUUGAAAUCACAAUAACCAAUAAAUACAAAUUGUUAC